UUUUUUAUCCAUUAAAUGUGAAAAUGGGAAAAGAAAAAUCAAAGAAGAAAGUCGCUUUUGUGCUUACGCGGUUCUGUCAUCUGUGCCUACUGAUAGAAGCAAUCAUUCUCUAUUUUUCUUUCCCUACCAUUUUCCUUAGAAAAUUUUGCUAACACCAAUUUUCCCGAGAAAAAUUCAAUGGAAUUAGCAGCUCAGCGACGCCUCAAAGCUAUUCAGGGCCAUUUCCUAUCCUCCAGCACCAACGAUCACUCACCUCUCCAAGCUAACCUCACUGCUUCGCAGUUUUUCAACGGUCAAGGGUACAGCGUAGUUCUUCCAGAGAAAUUGCAGACAGGGAAGUGGAAUGUCUACAGGUCUGUGCGAUCUCCGAUGAAGCUUAUAACCAGGUUCCCCAAUCAUCCUGCAAUUGCGACAUUGCACGAUAACUUUGUGCAUGCUGUUGAAACUUUUCAAGAUUACAAGUACUUGGGCACACGAAUUAGACCGGAUGGAACAGUUGGAGGGUACACAUGGAUGACAUAUGGAGAAGUAGGAACUGCUAGAGAGGCAAUAGGGUCUGGGCUUUAUCAUCAUGGGAUACAAAAUGGAGCUUCCAUUGGAAUCUAUUUUAUAAAUAGACCAGAGUGGCUGAUUGUGGAUCAUGCUUGUGCAGCAUAUUCGUAUAUUUCAGUUCCAUUGUAUGACACUCUUGGUCCUGAUGCAGUUGAGUAUGUUGUGAAUCAUGCUGGUGUGCAGGCAAUCUUUUGUGUCCCAGAGACUUUGAACACUUUGUUGAGCUUCCUAUAUAAGAUGCCAUCUGUGCGACUUAUAGUGGUAGUGGGAGGUGAUGAUGGACACUUACAAGCUCUUCCUUCAAUAUCUGGAGUGAAGCUCAUAUCAUAUCUAAAACUGCUUAGUGAGGGCCACAGCAACCGGCAACCUUUUAUUCCUCCUAAAACAGAGGAUGUUGCAACCAUAUGUUACACCAGUGGUACUACUGGGACACCAAAGGGAGUAGUCCUGACUCAUGGAAACUUGAUUGCAAGUGUUGCUGGUUUAAGUCUCGCAAUCAAAUUCAAUCCCUCAGAUAUUUACAUAUCCUAUCUUCCUUUGGCACAUAUCUAUGAACGAUCAAACCAAAUUAUAUCAGCAUACUAUGGUGUUGCUAUUGGCUUCUAUCAAGGGGACAAUCUGAAAUUGAUGGAUGAUUUGGCUGCUCUAAGGCCAACAAUAUUUUGUAGUGUUCCUCGGUUGUAUUACCGUAUAUAUGAUGGAAUUACAAAUGCUGUGAAGACUUCUGGGGUUUUAAGGGAGAGGCUAUUUAGAGCUGCCUACAACUCAAAGAUGCAUGCCAUAAUGAGUGGCCGCAAUCCAUCACCAAUGUGGGACAAAUUGGUAUUUAAUAAAAUAAGAGCAAAGUUAGGGGGACGAGUUCGUUUCUUGGUAUCAGGUGCUUCACCUUUAUCACCUGAGAUAGUGGACUUUCUAAGGGUGUGUUUUGGCUGUCCAGUAGUUGAGGGAUAUGGAAUGACUGAGACUUCUUGUGUGAUAAGCAUCAUGGAUGAGAGUGACAAUUCAUCUGGUCAUGUUGGGUCUCCCAAUUCUGCUUGUGAUCUAUGUUUUCCUAUCUCAGAAAUAAAGCUAAUAGAUGUUCCUGAAAUGAACUACACCUCUGAGGAUCAGCCAUAUCCACGUGGAGAAAUCUGUGUUAGGGGUCCCACCAUCUUCCAUGGCUACUACAAAGAUGUUGUCCAAACGAGAGAAGCAUUGGAUGAUGAUGGUUGGCUGCAUACUGGAGACAUUGGGUUGUGGUUACCUGGAGGACGCCUCAAGAUUAUUGAUAGGAAGAAAAACAUUUUCAAGUUGGCACAAGGUGAAUAUAUAGCACCUGAGAAGAUUGAGAACGUAUAUACCAAAUGCAGAUUUGUUUCCCAGUGUUUCAUAUAUGGUGACAGCUUCAACUCCUGUUUAGUAGCUGUAGUUGCAGUGGACCCAGAUGUGUUGAGAGAUUGGGCUGCAUCGGAGGGGAUCAAGUAUGAUGAUUUAGGACAAUUGUGCAAUGAUCCAAGAGCAAGGGCAGCAGUUCUUACUGACCUGGAUGAAGUUGGAAAGGAAGCGCAGCUGAGAGGUUUUGAAUUUGCAAAAGCUGUAACCUUGGUGCCUGAACCAUUCACACUGGAGAAUGGCCUGCUCACUCCAACAUUCAAGAUUAAGAGGCCCCAAGCAAAAGAAUACUUUGCCAAAGCCAUAUCAGACAUGUAUGCUGCGCUUUCCACUUCGGAUCCAAGAUCGUAGAUUUAAUGUUCAGCUAUAUUUAUAGCAGUAAGAGCAUUAUCCAUUUCAUUCAUAGGUUGUGGCUCACAGGUGCUUCUUUGUUGUUUCUAAUUACUUGUUAGAGAACAAGAUUUUAGGCUCUAUUUGUUGUUGGAUUACAUUCAUAUGCACAUUUUGAGAAUAAACACUACAUGUUUAAUGUUUUGAUGAUUGUAUUAUGACUAUUGAUCAUAGUGAACCCCACUAUGAUCAACAGUUAAAACAUAUAUUUCAGAAGCUGAUGCUUGCCUGCUAA